AUGUCAAUGGGGUUAUUAUCAGUCUCAUCAAAGCUAAUUUUGCAUGUAUCCAUUCGUCGUAUACGGCAGUCAAUUGAUUCUCAGAAAAAUUAUUACGAAAUAUUGGGAAUCAAACGUAGUGCUACACAGAAAGAAAUCAAAGAUGCGUUUUAUAAACUGUCCAAAAAGGCUAGUAUAGAUAUGUUGGUUGUGGUUCGUUAUUUUCACUUUGAUACAGUAUUUGAUCUCAAUUUUUAUACAGUAUUUGAUCUGUGUUUAUCUUAUCAUCCUGAUAUAACUGGAAGUUCUCCUGAAAGUGUUCUCACUCAACGAUUUAUCGAGAUUAAGGAUGCAUAUGACGUAUUAAAAAACGAUGAAAGUCGGCUGAAGUAUGAUACUGAUCGUACACAAAUGGAAAGCGAUUAUACUACAAGAACAUAUCAGUCAAGAGCAAAUAAUGCUUGGCGAAGCACAUAUGCGACGUGGAGAAGUAAUCGUUACGCUGGAAGCAGUCAUCACGCAGACUGGUCAUUUAACGACGCUCAUCUAAAAAAGGUCUUUGAAGAAAUGCGACGUAGUGCUGCAGAAUAUGAAAAAGCUCAACGAGUACUGAAUGAACAGUAUUGGAAAAAAUUUUAUCAGAGUGAGAAAGAACGGUAUGGACAUCGUCGUGAAAUGCCACCAAGGCCUAACGUAAAGAUCGUGUUUGACAGUUGGUUAGGUGGUCCAUUACGACCAUAUCUGCCUUACCUGAGUGCAGCGCUUGUUGUAUAUAUGAUUGCAUUUUUCACUAUUUCGCUUUAUAGUAUCGUUAGAAACAGGAUACCAGAUGAAACAGAUGCGAAUUCAGAUUCACAAGUGAAUUUCAGCAAAAUAAAUGAAACUCCAGUCUGGGCGGGAUCAGUUGGAGACUUAUAA